CUCAACAUGUUUUUAUUUUACAGAGACUAUUUAUUUCGACUCUCAUUAGACGAUUUAACAGAAAUUGAGGAUUUGCAAGGGUAUGUAUUAAAGUUAGCUUCAUGAUAAAGAUCCCAGCUUGUACCCAUGUGCAUGUCCAUUGAGCUUGUUCUAGCCAAUGGCAUCAUAGGACGUUUGGAAACACCUGACUGUAGAAACAGAACUGAGCAUAGUUUAAAAGACAAACAUAAUGCAGUUGAAUGGGAAGCAGAUGAUACUGCUGUAGAGGAAUGCCGAAUCAAAGGAAAGUCCCAAAAUGACUGUAGGAAUUUUAUCAGGGUGUUGUUGCCAUGGAACCAGUCACUAUUUGUAUGUGGAACCUAUGCAUUUGCUCCUCAGUGCUCUUGGAGACCAAUCAACUUUGUGUCGUCUUAUGAAAUUGGAUCAUAUAUUUAUUUUUACUUUCGAGAGACAGCAGUAGAGUAUAUGAACUGUGGAAAGACUAUUUAUUCCAGAGUAGCCAGAGUAUGCAAGAAUGAUUCUGGAGGUCACUUUUUACUGGAGGAUAACUGGACAACUUUUACUAAAGCACGUUUAAAUUGCUCACUUCCUGGAGAAUUUCCAUUUUAUUUUGAUGAAUUACAGGGUACAUUUUAUAUUGAAGAAGAAAACUUGACUUAUGCAGUUUUUACAACAGUCAAAAAUAGUAUACAUGGUUCAGCAGUAUGCGUGUAUGAUACAAAAAACAUACAUGAUACAUUUACUGGGGAUUUCAAAUACCAAGAAAAUGCGCAGUCAGCAUGGGUUAAAAUAAAUAACCCUGAACCAGACUUUCAGUGUGAUACAAUGGGUCCAGAUUACGGUAAACCACAACAAACUGUGAGGAAGUUAGAAGAUGCUAGAAAGUAUCAAUUGAUGGAUGACGCUGUACAACCUACACAAGCUGUACCAUUAUAUUAUGAACAAAAACAUGAUGAAAGGUUUACUGAUAUAGUUGUGGAUAUUGUGAGAGGAAAACAUCAAACAUUUCAUGUCAUGUUUAUUGGUACAGAAUCUGGUAUCAUAAAGAAAGUGAGCAAACCAAUUGGUAAAACAGACUCCUGUGUGGUAGAAGAAAUCCAUCCAUUUGAUGAUGGUGAUUUACAACCAGUUAAAAAUAUCAAGUUACUCAGCUCUCAGGGUGCCCUCUAUGUUGGUUCUGAAAGUGGAAUAAUGAAAAUUUCAGUACAUCGCUGUCACACGUACAGUUCCAAAAGGAGAUGUCUGGAUGCUAUGGAUCCUUAUUGUGGCUGGGAUUCUAAAUUGGGUUCAUUGGGACAAUGUGUUACUUACAAUGAAAGUGUUAAUAUAGCACAUUGGCACCAAGAUAUGUCAAGUUGUCCCAUAUUACAUGGUAUACCAGUAAAUGGUAGAUUUGGUAAUUGGUCAGACUGGGAGCGCUGUAACAAGAUACAUGGUGAUGACACACCAUGUAUGUGUAGAAGACGUCAAUGUAAUAAUCCAUUGCCAGAAUGUGGUGGUAAAGAAUGUAAAGGAGAUUAUAUACAAGUCAUCAACUGUACAGUACAUGGUGGUUGGACAAAGUGGUCAGCAUGGUCAGGUUGUUCUAAAACUUGUGGUGUUGAAGCAGUAAAAACACAUCAAAGAUCUUGUACAAAUCCUUCACCAAUGUAUGGUGGUAGAGAGUGUGUUGGACUUGAUAUUGAGCAAAUGUCUUGUGAAUAUACUCCAUGUCCUUCAGUUGGUGAAUGGAGUGCUUGGAUGGAUUGGACAGAAUGUAGUUCUAAAUGUAAUGGUGGUGCUCAGGUUAGAAGUAGAACUUGUAUCAAUGGUGGACAAUGUCCGGGUAGUGAUAUUCAGUAUAGAGCUUGUCGUCAAUCCCCAUGUCUAGAAGAAAAGAAGAGUAGUCCCUGGACUGUCUGGUCAGUUUUCAAUAAAACAGAUGAUGGUUAUUAUGAGCGCAGACAAAAGUAUAUAUUUAAAGCUCGAGUACCUAUACCACAAGAUUUAUAUUAUGCAGGCACAAAAGAUGAGGUCAGAUACUGUCCCAAUUUAAAUAAUCCAUGUGUACCCCCAGGAAGUCAAGUCAGUGACUGUGAGGGUGCAGCAUGGGAUUCUAAAGUAUGCAAGAAACAAAAAUGUGUUGUGGAUGCGGUUAUGUCAUGUUGGUCAGAGUGGUCUGAAUGCACAGUGACAUGUGGUGGUGGAAUACAAGAAAGACUACGCACGUGUGAAUAUCAACCACAAGGCGGUGGUAAAAUGUGUGAAAAUAAUACAUUGGAAGUAAAAGAAUGUAAUAUCCAAAGAUGUCCAGGGACUGAUGGAUGGGAAAAUUGGACUAAGUGGUCAUCAUGUGGACCAAAUAAUUUACAAUAUAGAUAUAGAAAGUGUUUAGUAACAUUUCCUCCUCAAGGUGUUUGUGAAGGGCCUCAAGAUGAUACUAAACGUUGUCAGUAUAAUGCCAUCCCUGAAAUGUCAUAUGUAUCACAAUGUGAUGAUGACAGUGGUAAAGUGCAUUAUUCUUACCUUAUCAUCAGUAUUUUUGUCACAGCAUUCAUCGUUUCACUUAUCACCUUUAUCAUCAUGAUGUGUUACCAUAAACAUAAACACAUAACUAAUCAACCCACUGAUGAUACGUACAGUGAAGAAUACAAAGAAUUAAAAUUCAAAGAAGGCAUACCAAAUAAAGGUUUACGAAUCAGUGUAGCAAGUAGUAAUGGCAGUAAUUACUAUAUACCAUAUUUACAAUAUAGUAGUAAUAUGACUGUUAAUCAAGCUGAAAAAAAAAGAAGUUCCUACAUUUCAUCCAAUUGUGAAACAUUGUAGAAAAAUCACACACCAAUACAACAUUCUAAUCAUGCCUUCUAGAAAUGAAAGCUUUUAUGACAUACAGACCCCUCCCCUUAAGGUGAGUGAUUGUUAGUAAACGAUUCGUUUGCUCAAAAUUUCACCCAGAGAAGCUAAACUGUGUUACCGGUAUGUCUUUUAUAUAGAUUAGACCUAAAAAAAAAGGUAUGUUUCUGGUCAGUGUGCACACCACCAAAACAAAGUGCUAGCCGAUCUUUUCUUUUUCACUUAUUUUUUUUUUUGCCACUGCGAAGCCAUCUGCAAAAUUUGUGUCCUUUAAAAUAUUUUAACAAGAAAAGAAAACAUCUUAUUUUAAAAAAAAAAA